CACUACCCUGCGACUGUUUAUGACCGGUAUCCGUUGGUCGUCUGAGGGCGAAGGGUACGGAUGUUGUAACUUCUCAUAUUUUGAGCCACUUCACCGUGUCUCAGUCACAAAUUUGUUUUACGACGCAGUCGUCACAAGCCGUUCAGUAGCUCGUAGCAAUCUUUGUCCCUGAAGUCAUUUUGUAUAGAAGAAGAUGGAGGAAAGCUGUGAAGGUGCAGGUUCUUGUUCCAUCGAAAGUUAAACUUCACUAUUGACGCUGCUUUGACUGUUUGCUUUCCUGUUCCCAUUAGCUUGCAUGGAUGUGUCAGAUUCCUGAGCAGAGAGGAUGGCUGCUGUCUCCACACCUUCCCCUACUAGCAGCACCAGUGUACCUGAUAGAAGAGAUUACUACUGGGUUCGCUCCUUUGUGGCUGGAGGGGUAGCAGGAUGCUGUGCGAAGACUACCAUCGCCCCCCUAGACAGAGUCAAAAUUCUCCUUCAGGGCCAGAGCCCCCAUUACAAACAUCUUGGGGUGUUUUCCAUUUUCAUGGCUGUGCCAAAGAAAGAAGGCAUCCUUGGUCUGUACAGGGGUAAUGGUGCAAUGAUGGUCAGGAUAUUUCCUUACGGAGCCAUUCAGUUCAUGGCCUUUGACAAAUAUAAAAAGCUGCUGAAUAAACGGAUUGGGAUCUCUGGACACAUCCAUCACCUCAUGGCAGGAUCUAUGGCAGGCAUGACUGCGGUGAUAUGCACCUACCCUCUGGACGUGGUCCGAGCCCGGCUGGCCUUCCAGGUGAAGGGUGAUCAACGCUACUCUGGAAUUAUUGAUGUUUUCCGCUCCAUUUAUCGCAAGGAGGGAGCAUCUGGAUUUUAUAGAGGUCUGUCUCCAACUCUUGUUGGAAUGGCGCCUUAUGCAGGUCUCUCCUUCUUUACCUUUGGCACCCUGAAGAGUCAAGGCUUAAAGCACUUCCCGGAGCAGCUGGGCCACCCCUCGUCAGACAACCCGGAUGUGCUCGUUCUGAAAACCCACAUCAACCUGCUCUGUGGCGGGGUUGCUGGUGCCUUCGCUCAGACUGUCUCCUACCCAUUGGAUGUGGCAAGGAGGAGGAUGCAGUUAGGAACUGUGCUUCCUGAUUCAGAUAAAUGUGGAUCACCUUUCAAGACUCUGAAGUAUGUGUAUAACACAUAUGGUAUCAAGAGAGGACUUUACCGAGGUCUUUCUCUUAACUACGUCCGCUGCGUGCCCUCACAAGCCAUGGCCUUCACCACCUACGAGUUCAUGAAGCAAGUCCUCCAUCUGAACUAGUCUCCUCCUGAGCCUGAGCCGACAGAUCAUUGACCCGACCUGCUUUCGUGUUUCGCUCAAUCAGCGAGUUCGCUCGGUAUGUCUUAUUGUUGGUCAGCUCCCCAAAGAAACCAGGAGAGUCACUAAUAAAGAAAAAGGAAAAAGAACUAUAGUGUCGAACAGCAGGAGGCUGUUAUUCUCCUUCAUCUGCAUCAUUACUGAAAACAUUUUUGUUUUAAAACAUUCUUACCAUUUCUUGAUCAAGCAGCACCAAAGUAGCCCUGGAAUGUUUAGCAAACUCAAUCAUACUUUAAUCAUUUAUCACAAUUUAAAUAAUUUUAAGCACAUAUUUUUUCUUUCUGCUGAAUGAAAUAAUUGACUUUUGUUCUUCAAAUUAUUAUGAGUGUCAUUGUGCAGCAGCUCAUUUAUAUCCUCACACUAUUUUUUUAUUUUUUUUUGCUAGCUUCACCAAGUUGAUGUAAGAGGUAGCUACUGCUAAAUUGUGACAUUUAUGAUGUCUUUGUACAUCCUUGACUGAAGCGGUAUUUACUUUUGCAAUUUGUAAAAAUUGUUUGUUUUUUGCUUUCUCAGUGCAAAUCAGCACAAAUACUGUUUGUGCGUGCCACAUGACAUCACUACAUUAUUUCAAAAUGGCCUAUUUUAUUUUCAGAUCUUAGAUGGAGCAAUUUUUGUUUCGGUUUUAAAUACUGCUAAAGACAUGUUCAUGUUUCUUAACAUGCAUUUAAUGUCAAGAGUGAGUCUUUUGUAGCUGUGAUGAUGUUGCUUGAUGUACAACCAUAAUAUUUUACAGAAAACUCAGGUUUAAAUUGCACUGAAGCUUUUUAUUUAUUGCUUUAGCAACAUGUUGCCACUGGGUGGCAGUAUUGAAACAGGAUGUAAAUGGUUAUCCAGCCCUGCACUCUGCAAACUUCAUACAUAGACAUUACAUGCUUGAUUUGGCCUGAUCAGACACAACAAAACAGAAUUUAUUGCUGCUGUUUCAGUAGCUAUUUUCUAUUUGAUAAACCCCAAAUUUCAGAGUCAAGUGAGAUGGCUUUUACUACCUAUUACUUUGUAAUGAUUACAUUUCUUUGACAAAAUAUAAAAGAAAGAAGAAAUUUACAGCUUGAUCUAAAUUCAGAUGGACAGCAAAGUAGACUAUUUAACUCUUAACAGCGGUCCGUACCUUAGUAGGUUAUUGUUUGUUCUAUACUUUGUCUUUAAUAAUUUUAGGGAGCCCAAAUAGGCUUUAUAUAAGAAAAAGGCUCUUGAAGAAACUAAGCUCUUAAUUUCCUGAAAACAGGAAAGGUGUUCACUGUUCAUGUUCAUAAUUAACUGCAAAUGAACAAUAAAGCACAGUGCCUUGCUAAAGUAUCUACCCCCCUUUGUUUUUUCCACAUUGUUGCGUCACAACCACAAAACUUUAGGUAUUUUAGUGAGAUUGUGUCGUGCAACGACACAAAGUAGUGUCGAAAUUUGAAAUGCCUCUAGAACAGUGUCAUGGUUUUAAAACAAAUGUGACAGGAGCACCAUGAAUAACGUAAUCAGGCCUCGACUCUGUAGUCUGACCCCCUUCCAGCAAACGGAGGAAGAAAAAAGCAAAGUGGUAAUCAGAGAAGCACCUGAGACUAUUUGUAGUUGGAAAAUUAUUAGUUGUGUGGUCCACAUAUUGGACUUUUACAGAAGAGUGACAAAGAAAAGACAAUCCUGAAGUAGAACAAUAAGAAGACAAGUUCACUGUGGCCAUAAGCAAUGCACCAUGUAGCCCAGUUUUUGGACUACAUGGCAGAUCCCCCUGACCACAUCACAUGACCUCAAUUAGAAAUCAAAAGACAUUUUAGGUAAUUCAUUGUAAAAUAAAUAAAUAAAUGGAAAACUAUUCAUAAUUUCUUUUAUCUGGCUUCACUAUCAUGUGCUACUUUGUGUUGGUUUGUAAUAUAAAACCUCAGUAGAAGGUUGUUGACGUUUGUUGUUGCGUGACAGAAAGUGAAAAGAGCUCCAGUAAGCAUCCAUAAAUGAUUGAACAAAGGGAGACUUUAUUAUUUAUUCAUCCAACAUAAUGAAGUGCAAUACGUAUUUUUAUUUCAAUAUGAACACAUUUUCAUUGUAAGUGUUCCUUACUUCCCUGGAGUGUAAUCUAGCACUUUGUUGAGAGUUUGAAGCUGCCGUCUAGGAAACAGAAUAAAGUCUGGAGCCUCUGUCUUUUCAUAGUGCUGCUGUUUCUGAAGAUAUUCAUGGAUGUUCUGUAGAGAUGCUUUUCAGUCUGUUUGAUGUUGCAUAAAGCAGAUAAAACAUUUUGAGAAUGA